UAUAUCCAUAGCUGCGAUGGCCACCAGCACAUCCGCUCUCCUUGUUAUUGUCGCCGCCGUCCUUGUUGCCUUGCCAGUUUCAGCCGGUCACCGGGAUGUCAAGCAUCCGGCGGCGGCCCCCUACCGCAACCCAUGGUCAUCAUUCCAGAACCUGUCCGGCUGCCAGGUCGGCCAAGAGCGCAAGGGCCUCUCCAAGCUGAAGGAGUACCUCUGCCAGUUCGGUUACCUUCCCAAGCAGACGUCACCGUCAUCAUCGUCUCGGUUCAACAACGUGUUCGACGCCCAGCUGGAGGAAGCCAUCAAGACGUACCAGUGCAACUUCAACCUCGAGGUCACCGGAGAGCUGGACGAAUGCACGAUUGACAAGAUGAUGGUGCCCCGUUGCCGCAAUGCCGACAUCAUCAACGGCACCUCCGCUAUGGGGCACUCGGCGGCGGCGGUCGUCCACGGCCGGAACCUCUUCACCCUCUUCCAGCCCUCAGGCCCCUGGCCGCCCUCCAAAAGGAGCUUCAAGUACGCAAUCAACGCCACCUCUACGUCCAUCGACCGCGCCACGCUGAGCAACGUCCUCGCGAGCGCGUUCGCGCGGUGGUCCGUGGCCACCACGCUGAGCUUCACCGAGAUCGCAACGGCGUCCGACGCUGACAUCACCAUCGGUUUUUACAGCGGCGACCACGGCGACGGUGAGCCGUUCAACGGGCCUACCUUGGCCCACGCGUUCGCCCCACCGGACGGCCGUCUCCAUUUUGAUGCAGCGGAGGUCUGGGUGGCCGGCAGCGAUGUCACAACGGCGUCAUCGCCCGCAGCCGUCGACCUGGAGUCAGUGGCGGUGCACGAGAUUGGACAUCUGCUCGGGCUCGGCCACACGUCGGUCGAAGGCGCAAUCAUGUACCCGUCCAUCCCUUUCCGCACCAGGAAUGUGGUUCUAUCCGCCGACGAUGUCAACGGAAUUCAGAGCCUGUACGGGGCUAACCCCAACUUCAAGGGAGCUGCGCCGUAACCGGGAUCACUAUGGACAGCGCCCCAAUGCUCUUCAUGGAGUAAAUAAGAUCAAUCACGUAAGUCAAUUUGUGGCGCUAUAGGUACUAUGUAGUACUACAAAAGCAUAUGAUUACUGUACCAGAAUAAUGGUACACAGUAAAG